AUGUCUUCCUCCGAAAGAAUAACAGUUUACAACUUGGCGGACCUAAAGAACACCUCGGACGAUGCACUCCCCAACUACCUCAACUCCCUCAAGUUUACACAAUCACACACCCUAACCGACGUCCGCCUCGCGCUCGGCUACUCUGCCUUCCUGAUAGCCGGCGCAUGUUUUCUGUGGGACUAUAAGCUCGGCUUCGAAAGCACAAAGUACUACACAGCGGCUGCCGUGGCCCUCUACUCACUCCUGAACGGUGCCCUGACGCUAUGGAUCUGGCUUAAGGAGGCGGGCACUGUAUAUGAGGGCACAUCUCCCUCAGGAGAGAAGAUCAACAUUGCAACUUUAACAAAGAAGAACGACCCCACCUACCACAUGAAGAUCACAGUCACUGCCAAGAACGGCGAGAAGAAGACGUUUGAGCUCUCAAAACCCUUUGCCGAGUGGUUCGACUCCCAGGGCCACUUCGUCGUAGUCCCCUUCCAGGAGGUCCUCGCCACAAACAUCUCCGCCAUCGGCAAGCUCGACACCAAGCGCGUCAAGUCCGCCUCCCAGGCGUACUCGGCCGACGUACUCGACGCGCUGUACGCGGAGAGCACGGCGACGGGCAGCGGCGUCGAGGCGGACAAGGGCGCGAGCAAGCGACGCAAGGCAUGA